GAACAAGCUUGCGUUGGUGAGCAGCAUUUCCGAAGAAACACUACAACAGGAUAAUUCCAACAAGUUGGUUGUAGAGCAUACGCUCAUCGUUACUCUUAUUCGAAGACGUGAAGAUUGCGACGCAGAUAUAGGUGGAAAGGUAAAAGCGAUAUAUUACUACAGCCGAGCUCUCAGGCAGUUUCUCGUGUCAGCCACAACAAGAUGAAGAUGGCAAGAGGAGUGUGAUGAAGAACUUUCUGUUGAGAGGACCACGACGGGCGACGGUGCAGCAGCGUUUACUUCUGCCAUGAGUUGUAGCGAGCACGGGCGAGCACGAACAGGAUUAACACUCGCAUGUUAUGGGGGAGCAGACGUCCACUUCCAAUCGUGCGUUGCGAUGGUGGCGACGGCGAGCAAGACCAUCAGGCGACCCGGAGCAUUAGCAAGGCGUCUGCCGUCUCGGAUUUGGAACCCGAGGGUUCUCCGAGUACCGCACGAAGCACAGGGACGAGCGCGGCGUUCCGUUCGCUUCCCAACACUCCCACAGUUGGGGAAGAGCGCCCCGAGUUCCGUUCUUUUCGCAGCCAGCGAGAUGAAAUACACGAAUAUGGUGCCACGACUCCAUUUUCCACUCGCGACGCCAACAAUUUUUAUCACCGCGAGCCGGCCGGCCAGCGUCUUGUCCCGAGUUGGGUCGAGUCGCGGAAAACUGGGGAACACCAGGCGAAGUCUUUUCUGCACAGCGAGUUUGUACGGAAGCGCUCCCUGGCGCGCUUCGCGUCCGCGAGUGAGGAAGCGGAGGUCGAGACACAAACUCUGACGGAGGCCCUGUCACGAGCGCCCAGCUUGGUAAUGUUUGAAUCUUCAAGUAGAUGGACAAGUACUUACUAUAAUGUGCCAGGCUUCGUUGUCACAGGACCGGCGCUUAUACAAAUAGGAAGAAUCUUUCAUCACUCAUCUUCGAAUUACAGGUUCUGGAGCCCAGUUUCGAGAGCAGUUGGCGCACCGAAGUGAUGGCCGGAAUCUGCUCUGGCGUGGUGCAAGUGGUGCUUUUCAACCCCUAUGACCGUGUAUCAAAUGCAAAAGUGUCUGGGCCUGGAAGGAUGCGAACUUGUGAUGCGUGUUGCGGAUCAUACAAAAAUCUGUGUUGCAUGACUUGCAAAAGGUCCCCAUUUCUAGCCACGCCGAGGGGGCAUUUCUCAUGCAGAAUAGGCAUCACCAAGUCCAAGACCAAGGGGCUGCCGCUGCAGAACCUGUGAUGCUAGGCCCUGCAUUCGAGACUCGGCGGAGCUUGAAAAACUGCAUGACAAAUCUCAGAAUCUUCCAGACCCAGACAUUUUUGCAUUUGAUACCGUGCCCUGUAUUUGAGUGUGAUUCACCAGAGAAAGUUUCUGCACCGCGAGAACUGGGGCCGCAGCUUCUCGGAUUUGAACAAGGGUCUGCUGCCGAACUUGCUGCAGCGCGUCAUCAGCUACGGCAUGUAUUUUCCGCUCGAACAAAUGUGGACCCGGGUACUGCUGAACUGCUUUCGCAGCAGGACAACUACUGGCGGCGCUUUUGUUAAUGUCGGUGAAGAUCCGGCUGCCAGUUCUUCCUCCUCGUCCGCUGGAAGUAGCCGUAUGAGUACUGAUGGCGGUGCAUCUACUUGUUCUACUGCAGAUAAUCGUGAUGUGGGUAGUUUUUUCCCGGGUAAGCAGGAGAUCCUGUACGUGGCUCCGCUCGCGGGGCAGCUCACUGGCGCCAGUAGCGGGCUGGCGACAAACUACCUGAGCUUGGUGAAAUACCGCCAGUACCAGCGGGACACACACAAGCCGCUCAUCCACGAUGUGCGCAAAAUCUUCCACAAAGAAGGCCGCCGUAAGCAAAAUGUUAUUUGUUCACGACUAUGCUUUUGUCGUGAAUGAUGUUCUCGUGAAAGUGUAACUAGUGAAUUUUGGUUUUGUUGCUAUCAAACAUAGAAAAAAUCGAAAUGCGAGAAGAUCAUUAGAGGUACGUGCAUGCAAAAGAAAGAAAAAUUAAACAAUAAAAACCGAAACAGUAACGCGCGGUCUGGGAGCUACGAUCUGCCGGGAUUCCGUGUUUGGGAGUGUUUUCACCUCCCUGCGAGUGUUGCUCCAGGACGAGGAACGUCAGUACCUUGUGAACUUUUUCGCCGCGUCUCUGGCAACGGUGCUGUCCGGUCCCCUGAACUACGCCCGCAACCUGCAGUACGCCUAUCGUAGCGGGUGGAGUAGCUCGGAGACGGAACGGCCGAUGCGAUCCGAAUCAUCCACUAGUAGUCAAAGCAGGCCCGCCUCCGCGACGAACGAAAACAGCACGAAAUUUCAGCGCGGACGGGUGCUGGAGGACUAUCCGACGGUGCGGCGCGUCUUGCGAGAGCUCCACCGCGAUCUGGUGUACGGGGGUCUGGCCGGGUAUGGGAGUGUCAGGAUUGAAAACGACAAUGUUGAAAUAACUUGUAAUGCAUAAAAUCGAUACCAGUUGUGUUGGAAGCCCAAUUGCCGAGCGGCGCAUAUCAAAUUUCGGCACCGUCUAAAUCCUGUUUGUCAUGCUGCUUAGGGACAGAAGGCGUCCUUUGUCAUGCUACUUUAGUAGCUGCAUUGCAGACCCCAAACAGGCUGACAGUCGGCGCCAUUUGCCAUCCCUGCAAGAGAGGCAUUUCAUGCCUUGCAAUCUAUGCAUGAGAAAUUAUUUCAACUCUGACGAUUUCAAUCCUGACGCUUCCAUACCGGGUGGCGAAACGUGGGAAUGAAGUUGCGAAUCGGAUGGGGCACCCUGCGCGUCGGAGUUGGCAUGGCCACCGGGAAUUUCUUUUACCGCUACUUCGAAAACCUCCUGAACACCACCACGCUGUCCUUUUGAAAUUUUUGAUAUGAUUUUUUACUAGCAUAAAUAUGUAGAUCAUGAAUCUGUAGUAAUAUCCUUUGCGCAGGAGUUACGAGCAGUCGUGCUGCAAGAUAAACGCGUUCAGUUGUGUGAAGAAAUUCAUCUGCAAAAAUUCUGACUCGAUGCACGAGCUCAGGCUCUUGCAUCUGCAACGAACUGCCACGAGUAGCUGGAAAACAACAUCAACAGGAUCGCUUACACGACCCAUGAUCGACAGGGGGCGCGGGCGCCCAGCAAUCGAUUCGUGCUGAACACUGUCACUGCCUCAAGGUCCGAUCAAACUACAAGGCAACCGUGAACCAAAAUUGUACGUUUUCACUCCAGAUGAGUCAUUUUUUUCCUGAUCAAAG